AUGAGCCUGAGAGGAGCCUCGCCAUGUUUGAAGUGCAGGGCAUUUCAUCUAAGUCUAGGUGGAACUGUUGAAGUAUCGAAGGAGGGAGAUGCGCUAAUUCAAUGCUUGCAAGACAUGAGGCAAGCAGGAGGGGAGACCCUAAAGAACUACAUUGCUCGCUUUACCGAUGAGAUAACCUAUUGUGAACAAGUUACAGACAAGUUGAGAUUGUCAAUGAUCGACCACAGAAACAAGGUUGCCCAAAGGCAGAUAGGUAGGGAACCCACCUCUCUAAUAAUGAGCCAGCAGUGGACUCAAGCCGGACACACCGUGGCUCCCACUUCGGGACAAGCACUAGCCACUACCACUCUGAAUGCAGUCCCCACCUUAGCUUAUGAAAAUCUUGGACCAAACACAAGCAAUCUGACUAGAAACACCGGACGACCUUCAACUUCUAGAAAUAGAGGAAGAGCUGGGAGGCCUAGAAAUAGGCCCCAGGAAGUGUGGCCUUACUGCACCAUUUAUCGUUAUUAUGGCCAUGACACAAGCGAAUGUAGGGGGCAAAUAUGCCUGCAAGAAAUCCCCGUGACUCCAGAGAUCAGCGUUAUCAGGAUAACAAUCCGAGGCGAAGCCCCCUCGAAGAGAUGCUGCAAAUGUGCACUUCCCACACUGCGACGCCCUGUAGCUGGCAACAGGCUGAAAUGCACGCUGAGACAAUAUGAUUCCCAGAGGCAAAAUUACCUUGGCUAUCGAAAUGGAAGCCUUGCCUCAGGUGGCACAUCACUUCAUGGAGUUCCUAAUUGUUGCUCACCGAUCCGCUUAUCACGAAAUUUUGGGAAGUCCCGCUCUGAAGGAACUAUGGCAGUCACUUCUAUCUACUACCUUUGUAUGAAGUUCUCCACAGAACGAGGGAUAGCCACUAUUCGAGGCGAUCAGAUGGGGUCCAGGGAAUGCUAUCUCAAUUCUCUAAGAAAGUCAGAGCCACGAGUUAACAUGGUGUUAGACGCUGAAAUGUCAGAGGCCCCCGAGGAAGGGCAACCUCCUAUACAAGAUAUUGUCAUGGCAGAGGCCAGACCUGAAGUGCCCUUGGAAGAACUAGAUCCCAGGGUGAUUGAGUCGGAAUCCCAGAUCGCCCCAAUGGAAGAGGUCGAGACUUUCCCAGUGGAUCAUCAAGACACAUUGAAGGUCUUGCAGGUCAGAAAGGCAUUGGAAGAAGAGGCAGAAGAGGAUGGCAUUGAAUGUCGAAAGGUACGAGGCCCUGAAAAAAGAGGUGGAGAGACUUGUAGUAAUGGCUUUGUCCGUGAGGCCAACUAUCCGAAGUGGAUUUCAAACCCUGUGCUCGUGAAGAAGCACAACAGCAAAUGGAUGGUUUGUAUUAAUUUCUCUAACCUUAAUCAGGUAUGCCCAAAGGACAGCUUUCAGCUUCCGAGAAUCAACCAGCUGGUAGAUUCGAUUAUUGGGCAUGAGUUGCUCAGCUUCAUGGAUUCCUAUUCAGGUUAUAAUCAAAUGCCUAUGUUCCCAAGCGACGAGGAGAACACCUCUUUCAUCAUUGACGAGGGGCUCUACUGUUACAAGCUGGGCAAAACGAUGGAAGUUUAUGUGGAUGUCAUGCUUGUAAAAAGCCUCCUGGCUAAGGAGCACAUCGGGCAUCUAGCGAAGGCCUUCCAUACAUUAAGAAAGUAUCACAUGAGGCUAAAUCCCCUAAAGUGUGCUUUUGGUGUAGCCUCGGGAAAAUUCUUGGGCUAUAUAAUAAAUCAAAGGGGGAUAGAGGCCAACCCAAAAAAGAUCAAAGCCCUAAUUGAAAUGAGGUCGCCACAGAAGCCCAAGGAGGUGCAACGGCUCAUUGAUAGAAUAGCCGCACUAAAUCGCUUCAUCUCGAGAGCUACUGAAGAAGUUCCAAUGGACCUCGGAGUGCGAAAAUGCUUUCUAAGAGUUGAAAAACUACCUGGGACGAACACCUCUCCUCAGCAAACCUAG